UGGUGAAAGAUGCACAUCAACAGGUUUGCUCUUUUUAUACUUAAGAAGGAGUAGGUGUAGGUGUAGGUGCAGUAGCAGCACAGACUCAGGCUCUCAACAUGACUGCGCAGACGUCGCUUUCUCAACGGAAGCCGGUCACGAAAGAGGAUGGUGUGGUCACGAAAGAGGAUGUGACAGGCAGUGGGGGACGAGAAAAUGCAGGCGAACAGCCAGAGCAUCCAUUUGUGAGUCCGCGCACUUCUCCCAGGGCGGAAACGGUUGAAAGCUAUGUGGACGCUGACACGUCGAGCGAGGGUUUUCGUACGCCACGGGGAGCGGUGGAGGUCGAAAAAAGAAAUACUGCGUUCGAGAAUGGAUCAUGUGCCAGAGAGGGUGAUAUCGAGGCUGACAACGAAGUUCGGGCCGAACAUUCUUGCUCCAAGACGAGUAGCGCUGCAGAUGAUCAAGUAGACGCGGAGCGGAUCAGGAGUCACCAGGACCCUCAAGUCGAAGGAGGUUCGAUUUCGACUAGAGUACGCAUGCGCAAGCAGCUUUUACCGACAGACUUUGUAACAGUGUUUCUGCCGGAUGGUUCCGUCUUGCGGGAAAAGCUGGCGGUUUCGCGACCAAGCUCGCUGGCUGUGGAACUACCUGAAGAUACAACUGCCGGUGGAGGAUCUACGGAGACGAAUAAUUCGCCUUCUUCAUUUAGUGAUCAACAUUAUAGUAAACCUAAACAAGAACUACAAGUAGAAGCUACAGCUAGUUCAUCUUCAACGUCUGGCCGCUUGUGUCUUCGAAACCUGAGUGCUGAGGCGGCAUGUGCUGGUUUACUCGAGAUCUCUGCUGGAACAGAGCAACGGCAAAGCCCGUCGCAUCUUGUAGGUGGAGACGACAUAUCCCGCGAGGAUGACGAACAAGUACUUGGACUUCCAGGUAGUCGCCGUGCUGACAGAGAAUCCUCGAAUGUCAAGGUGCUAACGUGUGGGAGUUGCAUGUCGAAUGACAUUGUUGUCCGUGGUCUUGGCAUCGUUUCUACGCAUUGUGAAUUCCGUUUUUCUACAGCGCAGGAUGGCAACGAAGUGUUGACAGUGAGUCUCGACAAUGGCUUUCCGGGACGAGUCACUGUGAACGGGUCCCGCGUGCCGCUGUUUAGUUCUGAAGUUUUGCAGCCUGGAGAUCGAGUGGUGCUAGGCUACUCCGUCUUUCUCGAAGUAGUGUCAUCAGGACAACUAGUACUACAGACGGGUGAAAAAGAAGAUAUCCUUGACAGAGUCACACAACGAGCACAAGUGCAAUCAUCUGCCCUAACUUUUGAGCUACAAGGACAACUACAGUUUCCUGCAUUAAGUACGAUGAGUAGUAAAGAUUCUACUUCAAGUAGCAAUGUGCAUCAAAAUCUUGGCCCUGCAAGAGGACUCCAGCACAUCACCCUGAACUACGGCAGCAACGUGUUAUCCUCGCGAGAGCAAAGUAGGGGACGACGAACAGCCUCAUUAGAUAAUCGAGCGGAUCGUAUCAGGGAACAGCGUGAAAUGUGGAGAGCGCGGGCUUUUUCUACUGGCCGUUUUCUGAGUGGUGAUAAAACUCUCCAGCUUCCGGAUCGUAUGCGUCACCGUAUAAUCGCUGACCGUAUAGGUGGACGAGAAGAAAGCAGAGAAAGGAGCUUUUUUCAUCUUUCAGGUUCAACACAUGGACAUGCACAGGAUCCUUCGAUGACAUUGCUAGGAACAUCGGGUACCAGUGCGGAUUCGUCGUCGUGCUCAUCGUCUGCGGUAGACUCGGUGGUUUCGGGGAGCUGUGCAGGUCUGACGCUCGGAGUACCUCGUGGCCCGACUGUUAGAGGUAAGUUUAAGCAAGCUCGACGAGAACUGUGG